CUCAUGUCAACAUGCUGAAUCAAUUCACCUCAAUGCCAGGAAAUGAAAAGAAUGGCGGCCACUACACUGAAGUUUAUUGAUAUUGGUGCAAAUUUGACAGACCCUGUAUUCAGAGGGAUCUAUCGUGGAAAAACAGCUCAUCAAGAUGAUUUCACAGAUGUUUUGGAGAGGUCAAAAGAAAAUGGAGUAGAAAAAAUUAUUAUAACUGCUGGUAGACUUUCAGAAACCAAGGAUGCCCUAAAAGUCGCAAAAGCCAAUGACUCUUUGUUUACAACUGUUGGUUGUCACCCAACAAGAUGUGGAGAGUUUGAGGCAAAGAAUGACCCAGUUUCAUACUAUAAUGAGCUUUUGAAAGUUUUCAAUGAAAAUAAAAACAAAAUAGUUGCGAUUGGUGAAUGUGGCCUAGAUUAUGACAGGGAACAUUUUUGUCCAAGAUCUACGCAGUUGAGGUACUUUGAAAGGCAAUUUGAUCUUGCCGAAGAAACGAAACUUCCAAUGUUCCUUCAUAUGAGAAACGCCUGUAGUGAUUUCAUUGAUAUCCUUAAAAGAAACAGGGACAAGUUUUUCGGUGGAGUUGCCCAUUGCUUCACAGGAACAUCGACCGAAGCAAAGGAGUUGCUCGAUAAUGGACUUUUUAUUGGUAUAACUGGCUGUUCUUUGAAGACGGCUGACAAUUUGGAAACUCUGAAAUCUAUUCCAAUAGAUAGAUUGAUGAUAGAGACAGAUGCACCUUGGUGCGAGGUUCGUAACACCCACGCAGGAUCAUCUUUGGUGAAAACACAGUUUCCUUCUAAGAAAAAGGAAAGAUGGGAGAAAGGAUUUUGUGUUAAGUCCAGGAACGAGCCAGCACAUAUUAGACAAGUCCUUGAAAUUAUGGCUGCAGUUAGAGGAGAAGAACUCGAAGAACUUGCUGAUGUAAUGUACUCAAACACUGUAAAAAUGUUUUUUAGCAAUCCAAAUAUUGAUUCGAUAUGAUAUUAUUUUCUUUAAUUAAA